UGUUUUUUUUUAUUUCAGCAAAAGAUGUAUCCUAUGAAACCUUAUAAUGAGGGGAUUGUUGUUAAACCGGCAAAAAUUGUUUAUGAAGUAUCUAGUUAUCAUACAAAUUCUUCGACUAAAACUUCUACAAACAACAUUGAAAAUCAAAUGAGUAAAUUAGAAAUUAAAAAGAGUGAAAUAAUGCCAAAGGAAUCUACAAAAAAGUUUGAAAAGUCGGUAAUUCCAAGGCUGGUCCCCCCCCUUUUUUUCUGUUCCCCUGACCAUUUUGAACUUUUUUGCUUGGCAUAUAAUUUUCAAUAUAUCAUUCGAAAGAGCUGUUCGAGCUGA